UUCCAGCAAACACUACUCCUAGUAUUUAUGUAUCGCAAGCUUCUCGCUAGCUAUUCCGAGUUGUAGUGAGACAGAAACAGGCAAGCUAUCUAGCUAGAUAAGGGAGAAAAAUAUGGCAAACGUGUUGUUCAUUUCAUGGUUCUUAUCGCUGGCUCAAUUUUUAACUCUGGUCAUAACAAUUCAGGCAAAAAUUCCGGCUGUUAUCGUCUUUGGGGACUCCUCUGUUGAUGCUGGAAAUAACAAUUUCAUUCCAACGGUUGCUCGGAGCAAUUUUGAGCCCUAUGGUCGUGACUUCACUGGGGGUCGUCCUACCGGGAGGUUCUCAAAUGGUCGAAUCGCCACCGAUUUUAUCUCUCAGGCUCUAGGACUCAGGUCAGCAGUUCCAGCCUACUUGGAUCCAGCAUAUAACAUAUCAGAUUUUGCUGUUGGAGUUACCUUUGCUUCUGCUGCAACUGGCUACGAUAAUGAAACUAGUGAUUUGCUAUCUGUGAUACCACUGUGGAAGCAAAUGUUGUUCUACAAGGACUAUCAGAUGAAACUGAGGGCCUAUCUUGGAGAAAUUCGGGCUAAUCAAAUUAUAAACGAGGGUAUACACAUGAUAAGCAUAGGAACAAAUGACUUCCUGGAGAACUACUAUGCCUUUCCCGGCGGCCGCCGAUCAAGACAGUACACCAUCUCGGAAUAUGAAAAUUUCCUAGCAGGAAUUGCCGAAAACUUUGUCAAGGAGCUCUAUGGUCUAGGUGCUCGAAAAAUAUCCCUCGGGGGGCUCCCUCCGAUGGGUUGUAUGCCAUUGGAAAGAAACUCGAAUUUAAUGGGUGGGCGUGAUUGUGUGCAGAGUUAUAACACUGUGGCUUUGGAGUUCAAUGACAAGUUAAGCAAGCUGGUGACGAGACUAAACAAGGAACUUUCAGGGAUCAACUUGGUGUUUUCAAAUCCUUACUUCAUUUUCAUGCAAAUCAUUAGAAGACCCUCACUGUUUGGUUUUGAGGUUACCUCUGUGGCAUGCUGUGCAACUGGAAUGUAUGAGAUGGGUUAUGCAUGCGCUCAAAACAGCCUGCUGACAUGCACGGAUGCAGAUAAAUAUGUUUUCUGGGAUUCUUUCCAUCCUACGCAGAAAACAAAUCAGAUCGUUGCAAACUACGUGAUGAAGCGCGUGCUAUACAAGUUUAUUUGAUGGCCUUAUGUGGGUGUGCACGGCAGCAUUGCCAUGCUCGUUUCUUAUUCUGUGUGAUUAGUUUAUUAAUGGGUUUAUAUAUAUAUAUAUAUAUAUAUUCCAUUAGGUUCUUAAUAAUGAUGACAAAAAUAUAUGUUCACAGACUGAUUUUGUACUCUUUAUCUAUAUCAGGCUUCUCUUUGUACUUUCCUUUUGGUUUUGUCUUGUAA